CGCCUAUGUCUGCCAGUCUGCCGAUAAUCAUAGACAAAAAAGUGAAGAAAAAACUUCAGCGAUGUCGACAUACUUUACGCAAGUUAGAUAAUAUCAGUUUAUCAAAUGAGCAAACUAAUGAAUUUGAACUCCAGGUAUUUUGAAAAGAGAAAUCAGGAAAAUCAUUUUGUGUAUUUGAAAAUAAUGUCUAAAUCAUCAGAUUCUUUGUGUAUUCAAUGGUGGACUGGACACUGGUGUGAGCAAGGAAGAAAUAGAAGAGGCUUUCUGUGAAGAUGUCCGUGCUGAAGAAAUUAUCAUGCUGCCUCAAAGACCUUAUGCCUUUAUAUGUUACCUUUCUACUGAAGAUGCAGUACAGGCCGCCAAUAAAUUGAACGGUACUAAACUAAGUAAUGGAAACAACAUCUAUAUUUCUUUUUUAAAGACAAUUCCAUCGUGCUUAGUUCCAUCCACAGACCUACCACCAGGUUUGAUUCUUCUGAAAGAUUUCAUCAGUGAAGAUUACGAAACCCAGCUGAUCAGUGCUAUAGAAUGGGCUGACUGUGAUAAUCCAACCCAAACAACUUUGAAACACCGAAAAACAAAGCACUAUGGAUACGAGUUCUUGUACAGCACAAACAAUGUUGAUCCAAGCACUCCUCUUCCUUGUGGAAUCCCUCCAGUAUGUGAUAAAUUAAUUUCAAAGGUUAUGCAACAUGGAUUAAUUAACCACUGUCCAGACCAGUUGACUGUCAACCAAUACUUACCCGGACAAGGUAUACCACCACAUGUAGAUACUCCUUCAGCUUUUGAAGAUGGAAUCGUUUCCUUAAGUCUUGGUUCUAUGGUUGUCAUGGAGUUUCAUCAUUCUGAUGGUCAUCACAGGAGUGUAAUCCUGCCACAAAGAAGUCUUCUAGUAAUGACCGGAGAAUCUAGAUAUAUCUGGUCCCAUGGGAUCACUCCAAGAAAGUCAGACAUUGUACCCCUUCCAGACAGUUCGAUGACUCUGGUCAAAAGAGAAACAAGAAUAUCAUUUACGUUUCGCAAACUAGCUUCGGAAAAUUCUAUGCAUACCUCUGAAACUCUGAUUCCUGCCAAAACCGCAUCUGAAAAUGGUAAACUGGAUCCCUCCGCUCUUGAAAUCCCAGAGACUAGAGCUGCCAAUUUAGAAGUCACUCACGUCCAUCAGGUCUACAAUGAAAUUGCCGAUCACUUCAGUCACACAAGACACUCUCCUUGGCCCAAAGUGAAAGAAUUCCUACAAUCACUCCAAGAUGGUGCUUUAGUGGCUGACAUAGGCUGUGGAAAUGGCAAAUACUUUGGUGUCAAUCCUUCAAUUUAUCAGAUUGGUUCAGAUCGUAGUGAAAACCUAAUAAAUAUAUGUAAAGAGCGGAAUUUUGAGGUGUUUGUGGGUGAUGUGAUGGCAAUUCCUCUCAGAUCGAACACCUUUGAUGCCUGCAUCUGUAUUGCAGUCAUUCAUCAUCUGUCCACAAAACAACGUCGUCUUCAGGCUGUGAAAGAGCUGGUCAGGCUGCUCUGUCCCGGAGGCAAGGCUCUAAUCCAAGUGUGGGCAAUGGAACAAGAGGUAGACAACCAAGAAUCUAAGUACAUUCGGAAGAAGUCAAAACCAAGCCGAAAGGACAAUCCGUCCGUAUUACUCAAUGUCAACAAUACCUCACAAUUUGACAGCGACCUUCCAGAAAUAGCUGACAUCAAACUCCAAGAAGACAUUGGUAACACCAAACCAAACCGGCCCCCAACAAAUAGUAAAACUGCCAAUUCUGAUAACGUUGAAUCUGCUGAAGAACCUUUAAAACUUGCUGUGCAUGUCAAUCGUACCAGCUUCAAACAACAAGAUCUUUUGUUGCCCUGGACAAAGAAAGUGAAGAAAACUUCAACCAAAGCUGAUAGUUGCAAUGAUAAUAGUGUUCUUUACCGAUAUUACCAUGUUUUCCAAGAUGGCGAACUGGUUGACCUGUGCCAGAAUAUCGAUAAUGUGGACAUAUUGCAGUAUUAUUAUGAUGAAGGCAACUGGUGUGUUGUUUUAAAGAAGUUACUCUUGUCGACAUAAGCGCUAUGGUGAUAUCAUUUUCUUAACCCGUGUCAUUAAACAUGCCAUCAUUAUGAAAUCAUUCAGCAUAUAUGAAUAAAUAUCUUAAAGAAUGUA